CCUUAGUGUCCUACCUAAAUAGGGGGAGUUAAGUUAAACUUCUCUUUUAUAUCGCGGUUUGGCUUUAUGUGAGAGGAGAAGAGCAGUAAGAAAGUACCUUUGUAGGAGGGCGAGCGGCGAUUGUAAUGAAUUUGGAGUAGCUAUUUUCGACCUCUUCUGCCCCCAAGACCUAGCAAGGAGGAGAGGAGAAGAAAUUUUGCAGGAGGAAGAAGAGGAGGAAGAAGGAGGAGGAGGAGGAGGAGAAGAAGAAGAAGAAGAAGAAGCUGUUGCCGCCGCUGUGUAUGCUAUGCACAUGCCUGCUCGGAAGAAGCUGGUUGUUGAUAUUGUGGAUGUGGAGAUUGGACAGGUAAACCGGAUGCCAACUCCUCUGCCAGUGCCCCUGCCGACGCCGCCGCCGUCCGGCGUCUAUAAUCCGACGCCAAACAGGCAGAGAAGGGCAAAGAAGAAGAAGAGAAUAAGGAGCGAAGGGGGAAUGGCGGUGGGCACCCGCAUAGAGCUGCGCUGCACGGCAAUUCAGAAGUUUCUGCUGGAGGAGACGUCGGGGUCGGAGAAGCGCAUCCGGGAUACCUUCGGCGAUAACCCCGACACAAGCAAGGCUCUCAGAAUGCUGGUGAAACAACAUAGAGUUAAGCGCUUUGGCAGCGGAGGGAAAGCCGAUCCGUUUGUCUACAUGGCGCUAAUUCCUCCCGGCAUGAGCGAACUGGAACGGCUGGAAGAAGCCAACGCCUACGGCAUGAUGCGAUCCGCCCACGGGUAGCCUCAAAAUGUCUAGGGUUUCCUCCUCUUUUCGUUGUAAGUUUUCCGGAAUUUUAGGUCACUUCGGUGAUAAAUGGAAAAUUUUCAGUUUUUGUUGACACCUUGUAAAGACUAUGAACAAAAGAACACGGCGAUUUGGUACUGUCCGAAAGCCUCAUGUUUCUCUUUUCAAGAUUAAAUAUUUCUUUUUCUUGGUUUA